ACUUACCCUCUGAAAAGGAGACCCAGGCAGCCGCUCUACCAGGCUCUCGUCUCGAUCCUCCUUAAGAGGAGGAGAAGGAUGGCCAAAGAAAAAGGCCUAAUCAGCCCAGAAGACUUUGCUCAGCUGCAGAAAUACAUAGAAUACUCCACCAGAAAGGUCAGCGAUGUGCUGAAGAUCUUUGAGGAUGGUGAGAUGGACAGAUAUUGCGAAGGAGACGCCAUUGGGUACCUGGGAUUUAUGCAAUUCCUGAAACUUUAUCUGGAAGUGGAUGAAGUUCCCCAUCAUCUGUGCUGGGCUCUGUUUCAGUCCUUUCAUCCUGGUCAGUGCUUUAUGGAGACUGAGAGAAAAGGUAACUCCAUCUGUCUCAGUGACGUCUCUUGCUACUUCUCCCUCUUGGAGGGUGGCCGGCCAGAAGACAAGCUGGAAUUUACCUUCAAGCUGUAUGACACGGACAGAAAUGGAAUCCUGGACAGCUCGGAAGUAGAAAAAAUUAUCCUCCAGAUGAUGCGAGUGGCCGAAUACCUCGACUGGGAUGUGUCUGAGCUGAGACCGAUUCUUCAGGAGAUGAUGAAGGAGAUUGACUAUGACGGCAGUGGCUCUGUCUCUCUGGCUGAGUGGGUCCGGGCUGGCUCCACCAUGGUGCCCCUGCUUGUGCUUCUGGGGAUGGAUAUGACUUUGAAAGAUGAUGGGCAGCAUAUGUGGAGAUCCAGAAGAUUCUCUAGGCCAGUCUACUGCAACAUAUGCGAGUUGAGCAUCGGCCUUGGCAAACAGGGCCUGAGCUGUAACCUCUGUAAGUACGUCGUUCAUGACCACUGUGCUAUGAGGGCCCUGCCGUGUGAAGUCAGCACCUACGCCAAAUCGCGAAAAGACGUUGGUGUCCAGUCACAUGUGUGGGUUCGAGGAGGCUGUGAUUCCGGACGCUGUGACCGCUGCCAGAAAAAGAUCCGGAUCUAUCACGGCUUAACCGGAUUGCAUUGUGUGUGGUGCCACCUGGAGAUCCACGAUGACUGUCUGCAGGCUGUGGGUCCCGAGUGUGACUGCGGACUGCUCCGAGAUCAUAUCCUGCCUCCAUCCUCCAUCUACCCCAGGUUCCUGGCAUCUGGACAAGAGCGCAAACAGAAGAUCGCAGAGGAACCAAGCCUGUGCACCUCUGAGGCUCUUCGGAUUGACCCUGUUUCCAACACCCACCCACUCCUAGUGUUUGUCAAUCUUAAGAGCGGAGGGAAGCAGGGGCAGAGGGUGCUUUGGAAAUUCCAGUAUUUGCUAAACCCUCGGCAGGUGUACAACCUGCAGGAUGGUCCAGAGCAAGGGCUCAGAUUUUUCAAAGACGUUCCUCAGUUCCGGGUACUGGUGUGUGGUGGAGACGGCACAGUAGGCUGGAUUCUAGAGAGCAUUGAGAAAGCCAACUUAUCCAUUGUGCCUCCUGUUGCCGUGUUGCCCCUGGGCACUGGAAAUGAUCUGGCUCGCUGCCUGAGAUGGGGACGAGGUUACGAAGGUGAGAAUUUGGGAAAGAUCCUCAAGGACAUAGAGAUAAGUAAGGUGGUAUAUCUCGAUCGAUGGCUUCUGGAAGUGACACCCCAAGAGAACGAAGAAAAGAGUGAUCCAAUCCCCUCUCAAAUCAUCAAUAACUACUUCUCCAUCGGCGUGGAUGCUUCGAUUGCUCACCGAUUCCACGUCAUGCGAGAGAAACACCCUGAGAAGUUCAAUAGCAGGAUGAAAAACAAGCUAUGGUAUUUGGAAUUUGCCACAUCUGAAUCCAUCUUCUCAACAUGCAAAAAGCUGGAAGAGUCUUUGACAGUUGAGAUCUGUGGAAAGCUGCUGGAUCUGAGUGACCUCUCCCUAGAAGGCAUUGCAGUGCUGAAUAUCCCGAGCAUGCAUGGCGGCUCCAACCUCUGGGGUGACACCAAGAGACCUGAAGGGGACACCUGUGGGAUCAACCAGGCACUAGGGAGUAUGGCCAAAAUAAUUACAGACCCUGAUAUCUUGAAAACCUGUGUGCCAGACAUGAGUGACAAGCGGCUGGAAGUCGUUGGCAUAGAGGGCGUACUUGAGAUGGGCCAGAUUUAUACGAAGCUCAAGAGUGCUGGGCACCGGCUGGCCAAGUGCUCGGAGAUCACAUUCCAGACCACAAAAACCCUCCCUAUGCAAAUUGACGGGGAGCCCUGGAUGCAGGCGCCCUGUACGAUCAAGAUCACCCACAAGAACCAGAUGCCUAUGCUUAUGGGUCCAGCCUCCAGCUCCUGCAAUUUCUUUGGCUUCUGGAGCUGAGGAUACCCACGGCCUUGAGUCCACCUCCCUGUGCCUGCAGAGCCCCCUCUAGGCUCUGCACAUUGCUGCCACACCUUCCUGCCAGCUUGGAGGGCUGUUCCAUUGUUUUCACAGUAUUUAUUAUCCCGUACCCCCUC